GUUUAUAGCGUUGGUAGGCCUACUAGUUUAUUUCAGUUUUAGCACACUGAUGUAGUUGUUUGCACCCAGCGAUUUAUUCAUUUAUCAUCAUGUUUACGAAUAAUAGUCACAAAUUCCUAACGGUUUGUCUGGUUGCAUAAUGUCUUUUCGUUCAGGCGUCGACCUAAUGUUAGCUAGACUAUUGUUAGCGAUAUUGGGCUAUAUAUCUGUUAUGUUUUUAGGUGUAUUCAGAAUGUUGUGACACACUCCAGAAUAAGUGUACUUUUUUCUUUUAAGUCCUUCUAUAAUAUAGUCUUAAGGUUCCUUGCCUAAAACCAUGGAACCUCUGAAAGUUCCUGAAUCGGAAAAAGAACAAAACCGAUAUGGUUGCUAGGAUACAACGAGCUGCCCACUUCUGCAGCUUGCUCAAUUUUUUCGGCUAAAGAAACAUAAAAUGAAUACGAAAACAAAGGUACCACAGGCCCUGAAAGCUAAAGUAAUGCUAUGGACAGAUGUAAGCUACCAUGACAUGGAGGAGAUCGACAAAAUGCAUUCCAUUCCUGAUCUGGAAAGUGCUUUAUGCAGUGUGUUAAGAGUCGACCUACUUGAACCAAAACGAGGGGUUCUGCUGGAGUUGUAUGUCCAGGCGGUGCUUUUUUGCAGGGAAUGCAACUUCAUAAAAGAACAAACUUCUGCUCUCUUGUCCAUCAUCAAGUCCAUCCAUGAGGCUAACGUAGAAACUCCACUCAACAACAUAGAACAGUGUUUCGAAUACUGCAAGGAGCUACUUCUCUGUCACUCAGUCAGGCGACCCCCCUUUAGUAUCAACCUCUUCAGCUCUGAGGAAGUAAACUGUAUAUUAAAGUACAUCCAUAACAGCUAUGUGAGACACUACAAACUCUACAAGUAUAUUUUUACCCCACAGGUAAAACUGGAUUUGUCUUUGACUUACUCUGGGAUCUCCAAUCAGGAUGAACCUACCAUGGAGGAUUCUUCUGCUCCAGAUUUCAAAAAUGAGAUUAAAAAAGAAACUAAAGCAGCACCAAAGACAGACAGCAAAGCAUCCAUCGAAGAGCCGCAGGGAGCCUCACUCGGUUCAAAAUCAGAACUGAAGGCGCUGAUCGAGAAAGAGGUCAGAGAGCAGAUGACGCUUAUGUCUGGACAGUUAGAUCAGCAAAUGAAAGACAUUGCAGAUCAGCACAAGAGUGCACAAGAGGCCCCACAGCCCAACCACAGGGCCAAAAAAUAAUGAACGAGAAAUGUUGGUUUCCAAUGAGCACUCACAAAAUACGACAAUUCAAGCUCAAACGUUAUACAGUUUUAUUGUCAAUGAAACCUUUUUUUCUUCAUAUACAGUACAUUUAUAUCUGCAUUUGUACAAUUACUGUACAUUUCUCAGUGAGGCACUUUCAGGAAAAGUGCCCCAAAUAAACUAAAGAAUGAACUGAGUAGGAAAUGUUGUUGGUUUGUUUUUAUAGGAAAUGCACUCACAAAUAGUCUUCACAGUCAUAGUCAUAGUUUGAGUGGGUUUCCUAUUGAGUAACGCUUGCAUGCUAACAGCUACAGGAUACUCUACCAAAUGCUGUACUUGAAUAUUUCACAUAUCUUCUGGUACUGAUAUGUAACA